UUCUCACUCAACGCCCUUCUCAGUGGAGUGGAAGUGAGCUUACACUUGCCGUGGAGCUGAGCGAGCUGCCUGUUGCAUGCCAUGUCUGCGUUUUACCGGAUUGUCCUCCUGCUCUCAGUGGCCGUGGCCGCCGUGGCCGCCGUGGGCUCUGUGGCAGCACACGGGUCCCAGCGGGAGAGGAGAAGCUUGCUGGAUCUCGCAGGGGCAAUCAAGUGCAACACGGGCAGAAUUGCCUUGAGUUAUAUGAUGUACGGAUGCUACUGUGGAGUGGGUGGUCAGGGCUGGCCCAGAGACAAGACGGACUGGUGUUGCUUCAAGCAUGACUGUUGUUACGGCGACGCAGAAAAACGUGGCUGCGAAACCAAAACGAAAAGUUACCGAUGGACUUGUGAGGACAAUGCAGUGGAGUGUGAUGAUUUGGACGACAUGUGUGACGAGCGGGUGUGCGAGUGUGACAGAGACUUUGCCAAAUGCCUGAAAAGGGCUGCAUACAUUUUGAAGAACACCUUUUGGCCAGAUAUGCUUUGCAAAGAGCCAAAGCCGACGUGCAAUAUUUUACAGAGAUAACAUCUGCAUGUGCCUUUUUUUGUCAAUCCAAGAUGAAACAGCGAGAGGAAUAAACACACACUCUUUAAGACUGAUAUAAUAUUCCACUAAGGAGAACAUUGUUUUAAUAAAAAGGACAUUUAGAGCGGGAUGUGUGAUUUCGGAAAACGCUACACGAUACCCGCCUCCCCCGAAAAGUGAUGAGGGACUACAGCUGCAGUUGACUCACAUAAUGAGAAGGUAACUUUAGCAUUUCUCUGCCAAAGCGUGGGAAAGAUCAGAUAACUGCUCCUCACAACACUCCACUGUUAUGUAUGGAAACACGAUGUGACUCUGACUGCGCUCGUGACAUUUUGCCACAUUCGCCAAAGUCUUACAGGAAAAUCUAUAUUUGUUAACUGAUAUUUUUCUACUUUGAAGCAACAGUAUGUGAUCAAUCAGCUUACAUUUACAGUGUAAGACACAUCUACAUCUUAGAUUCUAAGAGGGUCUCAAACUCAAAUGACCUGGGGGCCAAGAGGGGGAAAGAAACCCCAGAUAUGACUUUCAUGUCACGGCAAUUUCAAAAUAAAAGUGCUUCUUUUCAAGUGGAACGACAGAUGGUUCAGAAUAAAAUUAUAACUUGGCAUUAAACCCUUAACACCUAACCGUCAAAAUGUCUGUCUGGCCUUUUUUUUUUGCCCAUUUUUCCAGAAUAACUUCCAAUAUUGGGAAUAUAUGUAAAAAGCGCUUGUGCCAACGUCGGUGUUAAAGGGUUAAAGUGUCAGGGCAUGGAAUCGACCGCGGAGACGGGGGCGCUUGUAGCCUGUGAGCCCUGAGUUUGAGACCUCUUGUCUUAGAAUGUUACAAAUGUACACCAAGUCUUUUAAAACCCAUCUACUCAAAAGGGGAAUACAAUAGAUGUAAAAGUAUUAAAAAUAAUGUCCUUAUUCUAAUGGAAUGAGCCCUUUUAUUGUAUUAUUAUUCUCCUUAUUUUGUAUUACUGAGAGCAAAUGUAAUGCACACCAUUUUCCUGCGGGGAUUAAUAAAGUAUUAUUAUUGUUAUGUAAAGA